AUGUUAUCCCUAAGCGCUGUGGUUGCCAUCGCCGCCUCGGGUGCAGCAAUUUUCGUGGUCUUAUCUGUGGUUGGAAUCGUUAUAUGGGUCAGGUUCCGGAAAGAGCGUCAUGCUUUGAAGAUGCUUCGCCUCAAUCAUGGGCGGCAUCGCAGUAUACAGACCUUUACGGGAGAUACCUUGACAGAGUUGACUCGAGCAGAGGGGAGUGUUCUCAGAGCCCAUGGCCAGUUGCCCUAUGGUAAACCCACGGAAUGGGGCCAGUUAGCGUCUCGAGAAACGUUACUAGAGCCGAAAGAUGAGCCAAAUUCAUCAUUUCCAUUCGUCCGGAAAGCCCGCUCAAUGCGGCGCUCGAUUUCUCGGUCUGCAUCACAGAAAUUCUCGAGAUUAUCGCAUCAUCGAAUUAGCUCUAUGACCACAACUAGCGAGACAGCCAUUCGUAUACUUGCCAGUCCUCCUGGGGUCUCAGAGUCCAAGGAGGAUAUCCCGUUAUCUGCAAUAGAGGGAUGUCUAGAGCUACCAGCAGAGCGAACACCUCGUCAGAGUCCUGAAAUCAACCAAGAGGAAGCUGGGUUUGUUCUGGGUAUGCGUCCAGUAUCUCCAUCCUGGCCAUUGCAGAAAGAUCAGUCAAGCAUGUUUUCGGUCUCUGAGAUUCGCAGUUCCCGUGGUGACUUCGAGACGCCCACGAAAAGGGUACGAGGAGGAAGUAUCGCUAGCCAACUAGCGAGUAUCCCACCUGAUCAACCCGUUCCUCCUCCGCCACCAUUUGGUUACCCGUUAGAUAGAUUGAGUUAUAUGAGGAACGACUCGGUUAUGCGACUGUCUUCUAUGAGUCUAGAUACGACAAACAGUUCCAUUCUGGAUGGCCCUGCAUCAAAGAACGAUUUUACUCCGUCUGUAUUCGGCGCUGGUGGUACAUUUGUUCCAUAUAGUGCCAACGAUGUCGGAGUAAAGAAUGGACGCAGGAGCUUUAUUGCUACAAACACGUCUCUUCCACCUUUGCACAAUUUCCCUACUCGCUCCUCCUCAACUGUCGAGGGUCGGCGGCUACCAUCAAACAUGGAUCUGAUGACAGCUCCUCGCCGAUGUAUGACAACCACUUCCCGAAACAUAAGUAAUGCCAGUGAUCGAUUUGGCUAUCCUCUCCAUCACAGUGACUCUAUGUCAUCAAACAAUGUACCUUCAAGGCAAGUGUCUCAAAGAAGCAGGAACUCUCUGUCAUUGAGCGAUUGGACGAGCCCUAGUAAUAUCAACUGGCGACAUUCCGACUCGUCGCAGAUUUCUUACGUGCCACCUUUCACCCGAUUUGAGGAGAAUGAUCCCUUCUAUGGCAAUUCCACUGCAAAGUUGUUUACCAUUGGGUCUCCUGGGCAAAGUCAAUCUCGGCGGAGUUCCGGGACGUCCAAGCCUCCAAGCCCGAUGCAACGAUCGAGCGCUUCUCUUGGAGGGGUACUUUUACCAUCUGCUUUGAAGGGGCCAAAGUCUAAGCGCAAGGGUCAUAGGCGCCAGAACUGCGUGCGUAUCUCAAUUCAUCCUCCCAUGACCUUUGGUGGAUCCUUCUAUCCGACGGUUGAGGAAGAGCCUGAGGAUUUCGAGGAAAUGGAAGAAUGGGAUCUUCGAGAAAGUGCCAUGAAUGAUCUAACGAAGCCGCAAGUUGCUAUUACUGCAAACCCCUCACCUUCACCUCUGUCCAAGCGCAGCAGUCGCCGCAAUAAGCCUGCCGCUGCAGCCCCCAGCACUCUAGGUCCAGUGGCUGAAGAGCCUCAAUCCAUGAAUAAGAGAAAAUCAAGCAAGAGACGAAAGUGCUCUCCCAGCGAGUCUGUAGAUCAUGACAGCCCCAUCAACAAUUACUUGCCUGAACUGGUCACAUCGCUCACUCGCACUCCCUCUCCCAAGGGGAGAUCACCUGCCAAUGAUAACUCCCUAGAAUGGGGAAGCCCACGCCGCUCACUUGUCAAGGGACCACGCAGCAGACUUGAGACGGCAAACUUGUCUACUAGCAACGGCCCUGCACAAUCCCCAACAAAGUCUCCCCUAGAUGAUCUGCCUAUCAUAACAGGCACCCAAGGCAGUGACUGGCGGAAAUCAACCCAUUUAAAUUACCGGACGACUGACUCAGCCGACCGUUCUCACCGUCAUAGUAAUUCCCAAAGCUCUAUUUCAAGCAUCAUAGUCUCCUCAAACCCGCAGUCAUCGGGAAACGGGGCUCGUCGCAGCAACUCGACUGUACGAGACCGUGUGACCAUCUGGGAAGAUGCCAACCGGAGUGCAUCACCUCCAAAGCUCGCUGCUCCCGCCAUGGGUAACUACUCUUUCUCGAAACAGCAACCGUCAAGUCAGGCCGUUCCUCGGUCUCUUUCCAAUAACGAACGUCCUCCUUCUCGCAUGUCUAGUCGAGUCCAGCCAGCCCCUGAUUCUGCUUCCACUCGGUUUGAUCAAAUCACACCUAAUAGAAAGACUCAUGGUCUUGGAAUCGGGAUUACGGCUACACCGGGUAGCUUGUACGAUGGAGACGGGUUCCUGCGAGAAUGA